CUCAAGGCCGCCCUCUGGUACGCAAUCGGCCAAUACGUCGACGAAGAAUGCCUCCAAAAGAACCUCAAUGCAACGCCACAGUUCAUCGGCGCAUUGACGGAACUUGUGUAUACCCAAAUCCUCAACACUUCCCGCGACUUGGAGAUGUUCUCGAAGCACGCAGGCCGAAAGGUCAUCAACAUGGAUGAUGUGUUACUUCUUGGGAGGCGAAAUGAUGCGUUACUGGAGAUUCUUGGGAAGAAGAUGCAACAUUUGAGGGCAGAAGAAGGAAGGACUGGAGUUGGAGAGGGGAAGGCGAGAGGACGGCCGCCUGGUAAAGGGACGAGCAGAGGCAAAGGCAUGGCGAAGCAAUAG